AUGAAACAUUUUCUUCCCCAAUUCCCUUCUGUCUUGGCCCUCUACUGCUUCUGCAUGCUACAGAUUACUUCCUCAGGAUUUCCUCAACCUUUAGCUGAUCCUCCAGAUGGCUUGGAUAUUGUGCAGCUUGAGCAACUGGCAUAUUGUCUGAGUCAGUGGGCAACUAUUUCUAGCCAACCUAAGGUUAAUCAGGAUGUACACAAACGGUUUUUAUUUCACUACUCCAGAUCUCAGGAGCCACGACAUCCAGUUAAACCUGGGAUUCCUCCUGUGCAUCCUUUAAUGCGCCUGGCUGCAAAGCUCGCCAACCGAAGGAUGAAAAGAUUUCUGCUGAGAGAUUCAGGGCCUGCUGCAACAGACUUUACCAAGAAGGAUUACACUGCCACCUUGGGACGACCAUUUUUCCUUUUCAGGCCAAGAAAUGGAAGGAACACUGAAGAGAAUGUUCAGUAG